AUGGCUUUUCUUGGUAAAUUCGGAAACAUAUUGAAGCAGACAACGAGCAAGCAGUUCAAUGCUCAGGGCUCACUAUCAAGCCCUUCGCUUUUUCAGGCGAUAAGAUGCAUGUCAUCCUCUAAGCUCUUUAUUGGAGGUAUGGAAUAUGGCAUGAAUGAGGAUAGCUUAAGAGAAGCUUUCAGCAAAUACGGUGAAGUCGUUGAAACUAGGGUUAUUUUGGAUCGUGAAACUGGUAGGUCGAGGGGAUUUGGAUUUGUUACAUUCACUUCCACAGAGGCGGCUUCUAGUGCUAUUCAGGCUUUGGAUGGUCAGGAUCUCCAUGGCCGGAUUGUUAAAGUGAAUUAUGCACACGACAGAACAAGUGGCGGUGGUUUUGGAGGUGGUGGCUAUGGAGGAGGUGGUGGUGGCUAUGGAGGCGGUGGAGGUGGCUAUGGAGGUGGUGGUGGAGGUUACGGUGGUGGUGGCUAUGGAGGCAAUCCUGGUGGUUAUGGAGGCAAUUCUGGUGGCUAUGGAGGUGGUGCUGGUGGCUAUGGAGGCGGUGGUGCUGGUGGCUAUGGAGGUGAUGCUACUGGUGGCCAGGGAGGUGGUGCUGGAUAUGGUGGAAGCGGUGGCUAUGGAUCUAGCGGCAACAGUUAUGGUGAUGGUUCAAGUGCCAGUGCAGGUGCUGUUGGUGGCUAUAAUGGAAGUAGUGGUUAUGCAAGUGGCAAUACUUACGGUAGCAGCAACGGUGGAUUCGCUGGAGACAACCAGUUUGGAGGAAACCCUGUUGGUGGCAACAGCUCUCAGUUUGGUGGUGACAACACUCAGUCUGGUGUUGGUGGCCAAUUUGGCGGCGAGCCUCAGUUUGGAAACGUGGAGAACACUGAGACGAAGAUGGAGACUGGACCAGUGGAUGGAGAUUUUGAAGAUGAUGUUGCUAAAAGAGCUUGA